AUGACACCGCCGGCUUCAUCGGCGACCGCAGCCCGACAACAAUCCGACCAAACCAGCGCCGCUACUGGCAACAGCGGCGGUAGCAGCAGCAAACAACAGCUCAGCUGCGCAAACUGCCGCCAUCGCAAGAUAAAAUGCGAUAAAUUACAACCCCGGUGCAAACAGUGCGAGCGCUCCGAUCUCGACUGCGUUUUCCCUUCCCGGAAGCGAAAUCGCAAGCCGCGCCAGGGGAGGCAGAAUGAGCUGUUGAACCGCAUCACUCGUCUAGAGAGCAUCGUAAGCAAAGUCGACUCCGGGAAUGUGGAUGGGGUCGCCAGGGGCGGUACCGCAGCCGGCUCGGGGACAGCUGCCGCCGUCGCCGCCUCGACGCCGCAUUCUAUAUCGGCGGCGGGCCGGAGAGGUGUUGGUGGCGACUCGGUCUCGGGCAUGAAUGACGCGGAGCCGUCGCCGCCCGGCGCGGGGUGGGACCCCCAGCCCGCCCCGCCGACCAACUACAUGAGCGCCGAGUUCUGGGAGAACCUCUGCCAAGAGGUCGAAGGCAUGAGACAAGCACUGGACCAACCUUCCGACAGCGAAGGGUCCGAUGAUGAGGAUGGAGGCCAGGGGCAGGGGCAGGGGCAGCAGCAGCAGCAUAGCACGACGAGCCCCGAGUCAUCCAUCGCCAACAAGGGCCAGACGCCGCCCGCGCUGUCCGGGCUCAUUUCCAGCUUCGUCACGAGCAGGGACGAGCCGUUGAGGCACCCGCCGCGGGAUCACAUCAUGUACAUGUGCGGCAUCUUCUUUUCGAAUGUCGAUCCAGCGUUCAAGGUGAUUCACCGGCCGACGGUCUCGGUUGAGCUGGAAGGAUUCGCGAACGCUGUGAAUAAGCAUAUUGACGAUGCGACGGAGGCUUUGUUCUUUUCCAUGUACUUUGGCGCCAUCACGACCUUGACGAAUGAGGCUUGUUUGAAGAAUUUGGGGGAGGAGAGGAGUGUACUUGCGCAGAGGUACCGGGAGGGCGUUGAAAGGGCGCUUCAUAAUGCGGAUUAUCUCAACAGCAGUGAGAUCAGGACACUUCAAGCGCUGACGUACUACGUGUGCUUCCUCCGUUCCCACAACGCCAGCCGCGCCUCGUGGGCCCUCAUCCCCCUCGUCGUCCGCCUCGCCCAGGCCGUCCACCUCCACCGCGACGGCGUCAACCCCCCACUCCCGCCCUUCGAGGCCGAGAUGCGCCGCCGGCUGUGGUGGAUGAUUGUCGUCCUCGACAUCCGCGCCGCCGAGGACCGCGGCACCGACGCCGCCAUCCCCCGGCAGUCCUACAACACCCGCUUACCCUUCAACCUCGACGACGACGACUUUGGCCCCGCGACGACGAACCCGCUCGAGGACAGAACGGGCCCGACGGAGAUGACGUUUUGCCUGUGCACGAGCAUGUCGUCGGGUAUCUUUGGAAACCUCCGGCCGCGGCACCCGCAGCUUGCGCUCGAUCAUGACGGCACGCCGGAGCCGACAACGUCAGAAGACGAGAUUAUGGCGCAUGCGCAGCGUCUUGAGGCCCUCUUCGGCACCGCACCGCCCAAAACUCCCGCAUCAGACGGACCUGGCUCCGGCGGCGGCGGCAACAGUGACGGGGACCAGGACACGCGACACCUACCCGCUAACCACGCCGCCGUAACGGUACGCAUCAUCAUUCUCAAAAUGUGGCUGUCGGCACAAUACCCCUUUACCCCACGAGCAUCCACGGCGACAGCGAAGCCCCGCGUCGCGCGAGAGACUAUGCUCCGCACGGCGGUGAACACGAUCGAGCUCGUCGAGUACAGCUCGGCAACGUACCGCGAGCGGUUCGGGUGGUGGAUCGACAGCUACGUGCAGUGGCACCCGCUCGCUGUCGCGUUGGCGGAGUUGUGCGUGCAGACGCGCGGGGAGCUGGUCGAGAGGGCCUGGCGGGUGGUGGAUCGGAAUUUCCACGGGAUGAGGGAGCGGAUUGCGGAUACGAGACGGGGUACGUUGUGGAGGCCGUUGAAGAAGCUUUUGAGAAGGGCGAGGGCUGCGAGGGCGGAGGCUAUGAUGGGGGAGUUGAAGUUGGGUGGUGGGGAUGGCAGUGGUCAUGGUCAUGGUCAUGGUGGUAAGGGGCCUGUGAGUGCGGCGGCGACGGAGCAGAAGGAGGCUGCGAGGAGGACGGUGGAGGUGCCGCAGAAUGAGGAAGAGGAGGAUGAUGAUGACGACGACGACGACGACGAUGAUGAUGAUGGGGACGAGGACGGGGACGGAGAUGUGGAUGUUACGGAUGUUCAAGAACCAUCGGCGGCGGUAGGGGGCUACGGUGUGAGUACGGGGACACUACACCCGGCCUUCAGGACAGAUCGGAUUGGUGGUGCCGCCGCCGCCGCUGCUGCUUGGCACGGAGGCGGCUCUACACUCCCUCCCACGGGUGCGCCGUUCGCGACGACAAACACCGUCGGCUUGGGCGGUCCUACGCCAAUGGCCGUCGACCCAUCGAUGGCGGCAGCAGGGUUACCUCCGUCAACGUCAGCACCCAUGAACCCGCCUUUCGGGCUGACGCCGGAGGACAUGGCCAUGUUUGGGGGCACGCCGCUGUUUAGUAACCCGCAGGACCUGAUUGCGCACUUUGGGAUCCACAUGGAUGCCGGGGACUUUGGGUGGGAUCCGAGUUCGUGGGACGAAUUUGUCGUUGACGCGAAUAUGGAGAGGUCACCUGGUGAUGACGGGUGA